AAUUUCUUUCAGUUUAUCGUCAAUCGAUUUAAUAUACCCUUCAGUGGUAUUAGUGAUUACUUCUUGGUUAAAGAUGUUAGUCGCGGUUUGGAAUCCUAAUUCACGAAAUCUUUCAGCAGCUGUCAUAUUAUAGUUGUCGUUGCUACGAACGUUACCGAAUACCGAAGUUAAGGAACUACCGAAAUGUCUCAAGAAGAAUUAAAACAAGCUCGAUUGAUGUCCGAAUCAACACCGGCCAGAAAAACGACGAUGUCUGUCAUUGGUAAUAAAAGAAAGCGCGAAGAGGAAGAAGAGUCGAAAAACACCCAACUUGACUCCUCGGACAUCGUAACUGAAUCUCAAUCGUUUUUGAAAAGAGAUAGCAGAGGUAUGGCCAAAGGUUCGUUAUGGAACUGGCUGAAAAUUAAACCCAAGAAUGAAAACUAUGGCGGUCAUUCAGUUAAGGAAAGCGUGAAUUUGCCAAUCGAGAAUUAUGGGAGUUAUAGUAAUAAAGAAUCAUUUGCAACUGGUACGUCAAAUAACAAAUUAAACGAAGAAAAAAAAAUCAAAUUGGAGGAAAUCCAAGGAAAUGGCGAGGAAAAAGAACCACAGGGAAAAGAAAAAGAAAACAAAAGACCGGUAGCGAUAAAAGGAAAGCAAACCCAGAUUAUAGAAAAGACCAAGAAGCGAAUUUCAGAUUCUGAAGCAACGAGACUAUGUGAUAAAAAGAAAAAAGAAAAAGCAGAACUAGGAAGAAAAAAAAGUGCAUCCACUUUCUCAAAGUUUUUUUCAAGAAGUAAAAAAAUUCCUGAAGAACAACAGAAUACCUCCUUUGAAAUCGAUAGCGCUGUUUUUCCACGUAUCAAAGUUGAAGAAAACGUUGAACUUGCUGACUCUGUCAAUAUAUCUUAUGAAUCGUUUCGCCCUCUUGAAGAAGUUUUACACGAUGGCAAAUCCUUACCGAAAUCGUCAAACACGGCUUGCAGAUUGAAGGAGUUAUCUAAUGCAGAAAUUCCAACAUCAGUAUCAGGUCGAAUUUUAGAGACAGACCCUCUAGAGACUGUAUCGCCAGUACCAGAUGACAUUCCAUACGAGUUACAAAUGGAGCAAUAUAUCGAGCGAGUCAAUGCCCAUUCAAAGAAGAAAUGGGAAAAUCGAGAAUGUAUUAAAGAAACGGUUAAAGCGCAAAAAACAAGAUAUAUAGAUCAACUUUCGUUCUUGAAAUCGAACAAUUAUUUUCCGCAUGACUCAGAGUUGCUACUAUCUUUAGAAUCAGCGAUCCAAACCUACGCGGAAGUAGAAAAGAACUUAGAGUAAUGAUGAUAUUAUUUGACAAAAAAAUAACGUAAACAAAUGAUAAUAUUCCCUUCUACACCCUCUCAUUCUUCAUUGAGGUAAACUAGAUAUUUUUUGAGGUAUUUUGAAUCAAAAAUUCUAAAAAAAAAAUUUAUAAAUGUUUGAAAUUAAUUUUUUAAACAAUAUUUUGUAAAAUAGUCUUUAGUUUCUAAUGUUUAUUAUUAAUUGGUAUUUGUGCUUUUAAUACCCUAUCCAAAUUUAUGACCUUUUGUUAUUCGAAAUCGAUGAUCAAAUUAAUAUUCUUAUUUUGUACUCUUUUUAGCCCAUGGGACAUCCAAAGACGCAGUAUUCAUUAUGAGGAUAUUUGCAAAGAUGUUAUUUUCUUGCAUCUUUUGUUAUUAUUCUGUACUUAUUGUUUUUUUUUCAUUUUCAUUUUCGAUGUUGUUUUUUUCUUUUGUAUGCUCUGUAGAUUUUUUAUAUUCCUUUUUAUUCAUUUAUUUCCCUACGCAAGAUAAUUUUUAUAAUUCGUCGAUGUAUUAUAGUCAAAAAUAUGCACAUUUUCACGUUAUUAAACUUGAAAUUUUAAUUAAAACCUUAGAAAAUGCAUCGAGAAUAUGUCUACGACUGAUAAAUUACUCAUUAGGUGUUCAUUUCCAGCAUUAGACGCAUUUCGAGUAAAGAAUAUCCUCGAAAAACAUCAAUUACAACUUCAAAAUGACGAUUUCACAUAUAAAUAUUACGUAUACUGCGAACCCCCUCCGGAUGCCCCUAUUGUCUUCAAAGUUGUAUAAAAUCGUGAUGAUAUUUCAAAUUGAUAAUUUUUUUCAAGUUUUUAAGAAGAAUCUUCAUUUUCAACGCAACGUAAAUAGGUAAGUAUGUAUACUUAUUUUUACUCACCACCGUUUUCUUUCGAUUCAACUCAAUUUUUAAAAUUUUGCACCCCCUCCCCUUCAACCCCUCAUGGUUUUAGCGCCAAAAUAAUGCCAAAUUCGUGUUCGGGAGGUUUAAAAAUACAUAAUUUGAUACCUCACAUGACAAUUUGAUCAAUUUUCAAAUUUUGCACCCCCUCCCCGUGAGCUUCUCAUGCUUUUAGCGCAGAAAUAAUGUCAAAUUCGUGUUCAGGAGGUUCAAAAACAUAUAUUUCGAUACCUCGCACGAUAUUUAAUCUCAUUAGCUUCAAAAAUCAUCAAAUAAAUGGAGAAAAUUGAAAAAGUAUUUGCGAUUUAUCGGCCAUUUUUGGGUUUCUCAACAUGGAGAAUCCAUUGGUGAUGUUCUUCUCAUAAUCGAAUAAUUAUAUAAGGGUGAAAUCGCCGAUUUUAAACGAAAAUUAUCAAUUAUCUCGAGAAUUGAAGUGGUUUUAAACCAAUUCGAUAACACUAAUAUCGACCUAUCAUUCAAUUUCCAUUAAAACAAUAAAAACAAUACAGCAAACGAAACGUUUUAUUAUGAAUAUCGAAAAAAAAAUCAAUCAAUUUACCGAAAAUUCUGUCAACAUUUUAAAUGCAUUACAGUAAUUAUCUAAAAUUACGCAUCAACUUCAACGUAAAAUUGAAUUAAUUCAUUCACCUAAAAAGAGAAUCGUAACAGCGAGGACAAUGUAAAAAUUGAAAAAAAAAAGAAAAAAAUCUUGGUAAUAAUGAAUUAAAAAUCGAGUAGGUACUUAAGUACACACCUAUAUAAAAUACGUAAACAAAAUAAUCGUAAUGAUAGUCGUAGUAGAAGUAAAUAAAUGAAAAAUAAAAAUUUCAAAAAAAGGUAUUUCGAAUGCAAAAUAUGUUUGCUAUUGGUAGAUAGAUAGGUAGGUAGGUACACAAUGAAUUGACAAAAAUAACAAGAGAAAUAAGUAAAUAAAUAAUCAAAAUAAGUACCGAAAUAAAAAUCACGAAUGUAACACUAGCGUAUAUCUAACGCUUAGGUACUUAUUACACACUUACAAUACAUACGCAAUCAUCAUCAACCACAUCGAGCUAUCACUUAAUAUUUGUCUCGUAUUACCACAACAUAAAAAUACACCUAUCGUAAUCCGGUAAAAAUUACAAAUACGCUUAGGUAGGUAGGUAUAGGUAAGUUAAGUACAUUCACAGAUAUUUUCGCUACUGGUUUGAAAAAAGUUGUAAAAAAAAAAAAUAGAUAGGUAGCUACCGAAAAAAAUAAAAAUGGGUAUAAUGGGAAUUUGAACAACGAUGAUGAUGCUAUCUAAUAAUUAUAAUAAUAAAAUUAACAAUAUCACAGCGCACUACUAUGAAGGAAUAAAAAAUCAUAAAUAUAAACAGAAUACGCAUUUGCAUGGAUCUAGAAAAAAAAAAUUAUAGAUAUAGGUAUAGGUAGGCUAAUAAUGUAUACUUAAGUACACCUACUAAGUACAAAAUAGGGUGUCCAUGCGAUCAAGCGACUACUUUUACGCUACUUUGAAAAUCAAGAGUCAAGUCUCGUCAGGUAAAAAUUGGUGUUUCAAAAAUUUAAUUAAAAAAAAAAAAAAAAAAAAAAAAAAA